AUGGCGACGACCCUUCUCGCAGCCAGACUACCCUUCCCCUCCGGCGCCUUCAACCUUUUCUCGCAGGCGAAGUCGUACCAAGGGCCAGGAUCCGGGAUGCAGGCCUUGGAUCUGAACUCGCAGGUCGACGAGUUCCCCGCCUUCACCUCGUACGCCGACAUCCUCCGGGGUGACGACGACGGAGUUGCUCGAGGGCACGGUGCUCGCACCCUUGGGCUUCGCGUGCCCCGCAAUGGUGGCGGAGGCAGCAAAGGAGGAGGCAUCAGAGGUGGCGGCGUAGGGGGGAGCAAGGUUCGCGGCGCCGGGGGAAGCAGAGGAUGCGGCGCCGAGAGAAGCAGAGGUGGCGGCACAAUCCGUGGCGGCGGCAGUGGCUGUAGCAGAGGUAGUGGGCGCGCGACUAGGAACCUGUUCAUUGGAUCCACAUCUGAUGGUGGUGCCGGCGGCGGUGGACAUGCCGGUGGGCAUCAUCGAGGUGGAGCCAGUGUUGAUGAAGAAGGUUUCUUGUAUGCUGACGAAGGAAACGCUCUAGAUGUUGCUGAUGGCGUCGAAGUGAUCUUUCCUGGCUCUUCUAAGAAAGAAAGUGCCUUGGGCAAGGCUUCAAAUGGUACUGUCAUUGCUCCAGAUUGGUGGUGGGAUCAAAACACAAAGCUAGAGGAGAUAUUCCAUGAGGUUGUAGUAGAUGGGUCUACCUCCUUUAUACCUGGAGCAAAAGAUGAAGAAGAGGAAGAAGGAGAUGAAGAAGAAGAUGAAGAGCUUCAUGGAGAACAGGGGUUCCCUUUUGGUUGUGAUGACAGCCCGAUUAGUACUAAUAGCAGGAAGACGGAUGCUAAUUCUUCAACUGAGUUUUCAAGUGAUGAUGAGGAUAAUCAUACCAUGGAAGAUUUAUCUAGUGAAGAUGAAACUAUGGAGUUCAUAAUGCACCGUCGUAAGAGGAAUCGGGAGUUCGCCAAUAUGAUGUUAAUGUUCGGCAAGUUUUACCUAGUUGACUCGGGGUAUCCUAACCGUCCCGGUUACCUAGCACCUUACAAGGGUACGAAGUACCAUCUACCGGAGUUUCGUAAUGGUCCAAUACCCAAAGACAUAAUAUUUCCUUCUCAUGCACUGUCCGUAAGAGUGAAAGAGAAAGAGAAGAAGAGAGAGGAGAAGAAUCAAGAGGCAAAAUGA